AUAGUGAUAAGUGAUGGUGCAGGAUAAUGGUGCCUGAUGCCGGUGAGGAAGGCGUGAGUGAGUGGUGGUGAGGGGUUGUGAGGCAGCUAAGGAGGAGGAGGAGGCGUCACAGUGGUCGUGCCCGUGGUGAUGGGAGGUGCAAGUGGUCACCAGAAAGCAUUCCUCACGUCCCGCAUCCCACUCAUCAUUCGCGCCUCCCUCCGCCACUCCCAUGCCACACCUGCACGCAUUCCAGCAGGUGGUGUGUGCACGCUCCCCUACACCUGUCGAGGAAUAGCAGGUGUAACACAGGUAAACACAUGAUGCUCGGAACAGAGACUCGCGCAGGUGUUUAAGUGAGAGCGCAGGAACUGAACUGAAGUGAGUGUCAAGGAGAAUGAUGCUGUGAUGUUGUUGACCCCAUGUUGCUGAGAUCACUUCCUGGACACCUCAGCACUGCUUUCCCCCGCUCAGCAGUCUUUUGAAGUGAUGUGCUGAGUACUGAGGCGUUCCAAGGAGUGUGAAGUGCCAAGGUGCAUCAUACAGGCGUGACAGCACCUGGACAUACCUGGAUUGAUUGGACUUGCUUACCUGGUGAAAAGUGCCCGGAGGAGAGUGAGAGGACACCACGCACGUCACCACAGUCAUCACCACUACCAUCUUCCCCUCUUCUUCCUUCUUCUCCUCCUCCUUCAGACUCUUCUCCUCUCCUUCAAGUCCUUAUCCUCUUCUCUUGUUUAUUUUGUUUCUGUUGUUCUGCUGAGUUAUCCUUUAGCUUCAUCUGUGUGUGUUCUGUUUUAUCAUCUAGUUUUUCUCUUUCUCUUUUUAUCCUGAGUCUGUUUCAUUGUUCUCAGAUAAUCUUUUAGUGUUUGUUUAUUCUAUCUCUCUUAUCACCUGGUUUAUCUUUCCCUCUUUCUCUUUACAUGUUAUUGAAUUAUCCUGCCCUCCUUCCUUCCCUCUGCCAAAGCUUUCUCCCCUUGUAGUGAGUGACCUGACUUGUGUUCCUAAGUAGGUGGCAGUCCCUCCAUUACCCUCCCCCUCCCAUAGCCCCUCCAAAGCUUCCAUCCCUCACUCACACUCCCUUUCCUCCCUUACCUCACACCGCACACUCCCUCACGCACCUUCCUCCGCCUUCACCACCAAGGACAUUACAGUCUCGAGAACCCAACCUCUCCAGCACAUCCUUAACCCUAAUUCACCAUAUCUCUUUCACACACCACUAUACACCACUACUACUAUUCCCACGCACUGACACCCGGCCUACUCACCUUUCAUUCACUCUACUCCAUCAAGACUGUUUCUACUCCGUCACUCUAUCAGUCCACUCCACGCCACUUUCUCUCUCUCCGGUGUUGUGGUGACGUGCGCAGAAUCAAGACGCUGCAAACAUGAGUGGCGGAUUAACAGCCACUGGGCUGUUGGUGCUCCUCCUGGCCCUGAUUGCUGGUGCAGUUGGCCUCUACUAUGCCUGGAUUUGUCUGCAAGCCCGGCCACUGCGCCCCAAAAAGCACAGAGAUGCUGAGCAUGGCCCCCUCAUUCCCCCUGACCCAGAUGUCAAUGGCAACCACGAAGAUGUUCCCCUGGACCCCUCCGCUCCAGUGCAGGAGGAUGACAGCUCUGACAACAAGCCUCACUCUGACAUACCCAACCAAGCCGACACUUCCCCUGCCUCUCACAGUGCAGAGUCUCCUGAGCCACCUAAGGACAAGGAAGACGUCCUCAUUUCUGUUGAAGAUGAUGUCCCUCCAGCAAAAGUCAUCCAUGAGAAAGAAACUGCUCCACCAGUCAACUGUGUUGCUCCCAUAGGUUUUGUGACACCCGCACCCACUGCUUCACCACAGGAGACACCCAUGGACCACCAUCCUGUGCCAAGAAAUCUCCAGCCACAGCCUGAGAAGCUUGAGUCACCUCCAUCCAGUAGCAGUGCUCCAGUGCCUGUGUAUAUUCCUUCUCCUCCUCAGAAAAAGCCCAUUGCCAUUAGUGAUGAGGAGGACGGCCUACUGCUCCAUGAACCAGCACCUCAGGAUGACAGCCUCAGCCCAGACCUCUGUGCCACCUUGCCAGCAUCCCACUCUCGUAAACCUUGCCUGAGAGAAGAACCAGAAAUCAUGUCACAGCAACCACCACCACCACCACCUGCCACUGCACCUAAAUCUGAGGGAGUACCACCUGCAAUCCCACCCAGACAACAAACAGCUGUGCCCAAAGUUGACAUUGUCCCUGAACCUGAUGUCCAGCCUGUAGUGGUGGUGGUGCCACAAGCAGCACCGAGUGGCCCUGAGAAGGAGGAGAUGAAGCCUGUGGGUAAGGCAGCAGACACACUGCCCCCAGAGGUUUGUGACCAGCCUGCACCAGUUCCCAUGAAAGAUGAUGAAGGACUUCCAAGUGCAGCACCUACUAAGGAGGAAGUACCCAUGCCAGCCCCAAAUGAAACACCAGCAGCAGAGGCAGUCCCAUCAGAUUCUCUCAAGGAGGAAGCAGCCAUUCCAGCAACAAAUGAACCACCCAUUCCACCACCAAAAGAAGCACCAGUAGCAGAGACAAUGCCAUCAGAACUUGCCAAGGAGGAGGCACCCAUUCCACCACCAUCUGAAACAUCAGCAGGAAAGGCAGUGCCACCAGAACCUGCCAAGGAGGAGGCACCCAUUCCACCACCAAAAGAAGCACCAGUAGCACAGGCAGUGCCACCAGAACCUGUCAAAGAGGAGGCACCCAUUCCACCACCAAAAGAAGCACCAGUAGCACAGGCAGUGCCACCAGAACCUGCCAAGGAGGAGGCACCCAUUCCACCACCAUCUGAAGCAUCAGCAGGAAAGGCAGUGCCACCAGAACCUGCCAAGGAGGAAGCACCCACUCCAGCCCCAAAUGAGGCACCAGUAUUUGGGGCAGCCCCACCAGGAUCUGUUAUUGCAAAACCUGAAGAUCCAGUUAAUAAAGAAGGCAGUGUUGAGUCAGAUGAUUCACUCUCCAAAGAUGAUCCAAGUGAGAAUAUUGAAGAUAGAGAAGCUCCAAAACCCACACCAGAAAAUGAUAGUGUACCAGAGAAAACAAAUAUUUGUGAGGAAACAAGAUCAGUGUCUAGUUGCAGUGUCUCCUCAGAAGAGCCAGAGCUUCCUCCCUCUGCUCCUGUCAGUGUUGAGUCUCCUGCAUCCCUUCAGUUGAGUCCUCCACACCCUGAAGACAUCCCAUCAACAGAUACAACACUAAAGCCAUCGAACAUGCCAGAGAAGGAGCUCACUCCCAGCAUGCCUGUACACUCACCUGAUGAGGCCAAAGAUGUUUCAGAUGUUUCAUCAGAUGCGUCAGACACAAAUAGUGAAGAUGAGGACAUUCCUACAGAGAUGCCAGUCACUCCUUCCAAAACAAGGGCUGAUCCAUGCACAGAGACCACAGCUGUUCCAUCACAGCCAGCUGCAAACAUCUCCAUGGAUACCUCCAUUCCAAUGGAAGCUUGUAAUGUUAUACCAGAUGAUACGUCAGAAGAGGACGAUGGUCUUCUCCCAGUCAUCAAAGAAGAGGGAAGUGGGGAGAUUAACUCAGAAGGUAGUACAGAUACUGAAAGUAGUGAACCAGAAGUGACUGAAUAUUCUUUUUCCUCAGGCCCUACUGCUCCUUCCACUACUAGCAUUCUAGCAAAUGAAGUCAGUUGUACCAUGGAGCCCAAAGUGACCAAAAUUAACCUUAUCACAGAUUUAGAUGACUCAGACUCAGAAUGUUCAGAGAUCUCUGAUGAAGACUUGGAGGAAGAUGACUUAGUUUCACCUGCAGAAGGUUCAGAUGAGGAGCUCCAUGACAAGGCAGAAAAUGUCACUUCUGAAGAGAAGCCAGCAAUUACAUUUGAAGGAAGCAAUGCAGUUUCAGACCAUAAAGACACUUUAGAAAAAGACUUAGUUCCUGAGAUGAAGCCCAUCACAGUCACCAAUGGACCAGUAGCCAGUGACAUGCCUGACCCAGCAAGCAAACUCCCAGAGGAUGAAAUGUCAGUCUCUGGUGACUCAGACACAGAAUCUGAAGGUGCAGAAGCAGAGGUUGAGCUCAAAGAAGAGAUAGUCACUGUACCUGCAGUUGUCCAGGAGAACACUAACAAUCAUUCUGCAGUUCCCACCAAGUCCCCAAAGUCUCCAUUAGCAAACCACACUGACAAACCUGCAGAAACGUGUCCUCCCAAGCCACAACCACUCAAGGUUCUCCAAGAUAAUGGCAACUCACUAGAGAACAUCCCCACCACCACCGAUGAAGAUGACGAUGGCCUGUCACUCUCACCUUCUGAAUCCUGUGACCUUUCUGAUGGGGAGGUGAUGGCAUCAACACCCAAGAAAUCAAUGAUUCCAAGAUUAGUGAAGCAGAAUGAAGCCUGAAAGUAACUAAUGUCCCUCACUGCAAGAAGUUGUGGUGUUAACUUUGUGAUAAAAUUUUGUAUAGAUUUAAAGAAUAUAUAUUUUUUGUGAUACAACUAAAAGGGCUGCUGGUGUCCGUGGUGUUGGUGUGAGAUGACUGCUGCUGGCUUUGCUAAGGUAGUUUGCAGGGCUGUAGUACCACUCACUACUCCAUACUGUUUGUUUUAUUAUUAUCAAGAACAGUGGCAUCUAAGCUGCCAAGGUUCUAUGUUUGUGAAAAUUUUUGUUUUCCAUGAUAUCAUGUGAUGUUAAUUUGUAGUGCCAGUUUAUCAAGAACAUUAGGUACGUACUAGCAGGAUAUUUUUUUUUUUCUCUAUAUUUUUCUUCUUAUUAAAUAUUAUUACAGUUAAGGCAGUCACUUAUUAAAGAAGCCUCACUGUAGCAGUGUUUUUCCAUGCUACAUAUUUCAACAUAUAUGUAAUUUAUAUUAGAAUAUCCAUCUUUUUAUUUUCCAUCAGGAUACCAUACAAUUCAGUAAAUGAAAGGCAAUGCUGGUGCCUCGGUCAUAUUUGAUAUUCAUGGAUUUGACUUUUUUAUCAAAAGACUCAAAGUACUGUAGUGUAACAAUACUUGUCCAAUUAGAGUUGUUCUUUGUUAUCUUGGCACUCACAGCUAAUGAGAGCAGCCUGGCAUAUGUGGUGGUGGUGGUGGUGGUGGUGUGCCAGAGUUUGUGAAGCAUCACUGUGGUGCACUCACUCACUCACUCACUCAGGCGGCGUUGCCACGUUGUAGUGGCGGCGCUGCUCAAUGUUGCCAUAGUGUGUGGAUUGCUGGGCUUUGUGUUGCUUACCAGGCAGGUUUUCACACAAGGUACAUUCUUAAUGGCUUUUUAUUAUGUUCCUAGGAGUAAACUGUUUUACUGCAAUUAUUUUCAACUAUUUUGAACCAUUCACUUAUUGGAUGGGAAGAAAUAGAGGUCAGUAACAUUGUUUUGAGUCACUGGUCUGCCUUUGCAAGCUUGAUUAUGCUAAUUGUUCUGGAUGGGGAAAGUUCAGUAUUCUUAAGGGAACUUCCUUAAGACUGAUUUGCUUUUUUGUGUUUUCGUACAUGGCCUCUCCCUCCUUGUGAGUGUUUCAUGUUGAAUAGCAACUUAAGGACUUGUAUGCUUGCUUUGCAUCAUUAUUGUAAAGUAAGAACUUUUUGCUAUUCAAUUUUUAUCAUCAUGCUUAUAUGAAAAUGUCUCUAUAGAAGUAUGUAUUGAACUUUAUUCUAGGUGAAAUCUACAUUACUUGACAUAUAUACUGCAACUAUAAAUUCUGUCUUGAAGUAUUUUUAACUUUUCUUAAAAAAAGAAAUACCUGUGUACAAUGUUCUUGUGCAAAGUUGUCUGUGCAAGCAAUAAGUUUUAAUGAAAGUCUACAAAGUGAAGGCAUAAGGAAUGAGCAAGCAGACCUGCACAGUACAACAACAACCCUUGCCAUUAAGAAAUGUCUCUGUCAUGAGAUGGGUAUAGUAUAUUUUUUCACUAUUUGUUACAACAGAAAACUUUGCAGUCAGUACAUUUUGUCCCAACAAUCAGGUGUUGUUCACUUCCCAUACCAAGUAGUUUCCCGCAUCAUUAACUUUUUGUACUCACUGUAAUGGAAGUGUUGUGUUACUACUGUGCAUAGUGUUAAAGAAAUUUUCUAGAUUUUUGUUAAAGAUAUCAGCCUUGUAAUGUAUAAAUAUAUUUUUGUACUGUAUUUAAGCAUGGUCUUUAUUUUAACUGUCAAAAUCUACCAUUAUUUUGUAUGUGAUGUAAACUUAGAAAAGUGCCUCAUACUUUUUUUUUUUUUUUUUUUUUUUUUUUUAUGAUUACUGAUUAGUGGUAUAGAUGAUUUAGUCUUAACAUUCUCUGCCCAACCCACAUAGUAGUACCACUUUUUAAUGCUGUCAUUAUUUCAAAACAUAUAAGUGAUAUUUAAUAAGUUUUGAAGUACAUGUACUAUAUUAUAACCUUGAUAACAAAAGGAUUAAAUGAUAAGAAACUUGCUCUUCCCUUGCUGAGCACUUUGUAAGAAUGAAAAUAAUAUGAAUUAGGUGUAGCACUUAUGUUUUAAGAUAUGUUGCUUUGAAUUUUUCAAGUUGGAAGUUUUCUUAUGAUUUUUAUAUUGGCAUGACAUUUCAGGUUACUCAGUAUGUGCAGAAAAAUAUCUUGAUCGUGUUAUCAAUGAUAUCAUCAUUGUUUUGUUUUUGUCUCUACAAGCAUUACAUUUUCUUAUGACUUAGUUGUAAAAACUUCCAAGUGAAGGGUUAUGUCACAAAGACUACAGAGUCCCAAUCCAUGUUCCUGUCAUUAGGAAAGAUUUAGCAAAGAUCAAGUUCUUUCUAAGUUAGAUGUUUUCCACAAGAAAGUAUUAUUUUCCUGACACAAUUAUCUGUAAGAAAGUUUUAUUUUCUGGACAUAAUUAUCUGUACAGUAAUUCUCAAUAUGUAUUGCAUAAUACUUAAGAAAUAAAGAAAAACAUGAUAUUAGUAUUAAUUGUCACGAUGCAUGGACUCGAUAUUGUCAUUCAGAGAUGGGGCCUCUCAGACCUGAUGGCACAAGGCCUCUCAAUGAUACAUCAUCUCUGGAUGCUCCCUCUCCUUAUAUAGUCUUUAGUUCCACACAACAUUGAGUGUGUAUUCUAUUUCAAUGUGCCUUUAUAUUUUCAUCCUAAGGCUUCACCGUUCUAGUUAGAUGAAAUUACGUACAUUCAAUCCAUGACUUUUGUGCAAUGAUGGUUGUCAAGGUUCUUGUUAAGGUUGUUGCUGUGAGUCACUCUGUGUAAAGGUAUUUCUGCAGAUCAUUCAUGCUUAUAGCUGUUCUGGAAGUAUUGUAUGUUUUUGUCACAAGUUAUUUUACAUUAUUUUAUGAUAAUUGAUUUCAAAUUACAUUUUAUAAUUAUUCCUUUGCUUUUAUGGAAAUAUGACUUUCUCUUUAUUCAUCUUUAUUUAUUCAGAAUAUUAAAACGUAAUGUCCUUAUUUAUUAUUACAUGUUUAUUAUCAGUUUUAGUGAUUCACUAGUUGUAAGUUACAUUUUAUCUCAUUGUUUUAAGUCAUUAUAUGUGUUUAACUCUGAAGUAAUGAAACAACUUAGUAAUACUGUAGAAUACAGAUGUCACCUGUCUUUGUUCAUAGGCUGACUAGGUUUUAGUCGUGUUGGUGUGUGAGAAAGAAAGAGAGAAUGUGUGUACGUGUGUUAUGUGGUUAUAGACAUUGGUGUACUCAAGUCUUAGUUAAGUGAGAUGAUCAAAGUGAAAUGUAAUUUAGUGUCUUUUUGGCAGUUUGUACAACAGUGAAAGGAAUGAAAGCUGGUAAGAUUUGCCAGUGUGAAGUGUAGAAGGUGUUGGGGUUCAAGGCUUCCUUUGGCAUGCAGCUUUGUUGUUUAUUCAUGCUUUGCUCAUCAGUAAUGUUGGCAUUCAACAGCAAUACAUACUCUUGUGUGCAAAACCACAUCAAAUAACAAGUUACUAUCCAUGCUUCAUGUAGAUUAGAUAUAAGUAUGUUGUGGGCGUUACAUCUCAUUUUCAGGUGUGUGUAGUUAUGUAGGGCUCUUCCUGGGCAAGUGAUAUUAAGGUAUAUACUGUAUUCAUGUCAUUGUAGUGUAGAAUUGUGCUCGCUCUGGUGUGUUACUUUCACUGUAGAUAAAGAUUGGCUUGUCUUAAUGAUGGAAUCAUAGCUUUCAUGUAAUGUAGUUUUAGCAGUUUUUGAAGCAUCAUUUUUGUAUAUAGUGGUAGGUUCAUAUCAAGCUGCCCUGUGCCAAGGCUCCAAGAACAGAGGACUGAGCAUAUAGUUGAUCAGAUAUAUAUCUGUGCUAGUGAUGCAUAGCAGAGUGAAGGCCUUAUGUCCCAUUUUUUGUGAUGUCACACAGUGUCACAUUUGUGUGACAUCAGCUCUAUGCCAGUGCUUUGUGUUGUAGGAAGAUACCUUGAUCAUGUUCAGUUUAUUUAAGGUCAUGUAGUAAUGGUUAGACCAUGGUAAGAUUUUUCUUACAUGUAACAAUAGUUUGUUUAUAAAAACAGGACUUUUGAGAGAGAGAGAGAGGAAAAAUGUAUCACUGAACAACUCAUUCUUUUUCCUGCUAGAUAUUGAACCUGCCACUGAUAGUUUAAGGCUUCAUGUUAGUCAAGGCAAGCAAGCCAACUACUUACUCUUACAUUUUAUACUGUAAGAUAGUACCACCCAGAGUCUCAGAUCUGGGAAAAAGAUGAAUGCCCCCGGUGAUGAAGUUAUGUGAACCAAAUCAGUUAGUGGCUGUGGCAGUGUGGAGGUUUUGUUGUCAUAACUACCACAAAUUACAGAGGCAUUGUACAAUUUUAGCAUCUCUUAACUAUACACACACUGUCAUGUUCUCUACACUCAAGGAAUUUGGUGAACAUAAUUACUAAAACCACUUUUUAUGAGUGGUUUAAUUGUUCAUUAGUUUGUAGGUUAGUAUUGUCAUCACUGAUCUUGCAAUAUAAUGUUUUGAGAUUGGUGGUUGUCAUACACCCCAUCACGUCCUCGCACAAGCACUUUCAUUAAUACCCACCCUUUGAAUGCAUUACUAACAUUGUGUACCUGCUUUUCAUUAUUCUGUGUUUUGUUCAUAUAGGUAAAUAGGAAGCCAGUGUAGAGUCAAAGUAGCCAACCAUUUAAUGGACCCCAGCACCUUUUUCUUCACCCAACACUUUGAUGGAAUCACUUGAGGCAUGAAUAUUUUUCAAUAUUACACAGAUAUUUGUAACUGUGUCCAUGCCAUAUGCACUGAUGAAUAAAGAUACACAAGUUA